UUCACAACGCCGACUCCAGGUUGACGCGACGAUCAUUCUUUAAUAUUAUUACACCACGCCGCCCACCACCUGCACCACUACCCAUCUGCCUCGUCAACCCGCCCCAGGUGCUCGGCAACAACAGGAGGAAAAAAAAUAAAAACAACGCCACAUAGAGGAACCAUAUCGACAUUGCUGCCCAGCAGCAUCUCGACUUUUCCUUGACCUGACCGCCGCUUCCCUGGCGGAGCUGCGUCUGUUACAGAACUCGGAUUUCUUAUCAUGAGAUAGGCCUUGCCUCCGUGCAUGUUUUCCUGCGCGUAGCCGUCCUUACCAGAACGCCAUCGCCAACAUGUCGAGCGCAAACAGCAUCAAGGUCGUUGCCCGCUUCCGGCCGCAGAACAAGGUCGAGUUGGCAUCGGGCGGAGAACCUAUCGUCACCUUCGAUGGCUUAGAUACUUGCACUCUCAAUUCCGGCGAGGCCACGGGUAGCUUCACGUUCGACCGCGUAUUUGAUAUGCAAGGCAAGCAGGCUGAGAUCUUCGACUAUUCCAUCAAACCUACUGUCGACGAUAUCCUCAACGGCUACAAUGGAACCGUCUUCGCAUACGGCCAGACCGGCGCCGGAAAGUCCUACACCAUGAUGGGGACUAGCAUAGAAGACGAACAAGGGAAGGGUAUCACGCCCCGCAUCAUCGAGCAGAUCUUCAGCAGCAUCAUGUCCAGUCCCCCCACCAUCGAAUACACAGUCCGGGUCAGCUAUAUGGAAAUCUACAUGGAGCGUAUCCGCGACCUGCUAGCCCCCCAGAAUGACAAUCUGCCUGUCCACGAGGAGAAGAACCGGGGUGUCUACGUCAAGGGCCUGCUGGAGAUCUAUGUGUCGAGCGUAGAGGAGGUCUUCGAGGUCAUGAAGAGGGGAGGCGCAGCCAGAGCCGUCGCCGCCACCAACAUGAACCAAGAGUCCUCCCGCUCGCACUCCAUCUUCGUCAUAACCGUCACUCAGAAGAAUCUCGAAACGGGUUCUAUGAAGAGCGGUCAGUUGUUCUUGGUCGAUCUGGCCGGCAGCGAGAAGGUCGGCAAGACCGGCGCUAGCGGCCAGACGUUGGAAGAGGCGAAGAAGAUCAACAAGAGCUUGAGCGCUCUGGGCAUGGUCAUCAACGCGCUCACCGACGGCAAAUCAUCCCACGUCCCCUACCGAGACUCUAAAUUGACGAGGAUUCUGCAAGAAUCCCUGGGAGGAAACAGUCGGACAACCCUCAUCAUAAACUGCUCCCCGAGCAGUUACAACGACGCCGAGACGCUGAGCACCCUCCGGUUCGGUAUGAGAGCGAAGUCGAUUAAGAACAAGGCAAAGGUCAAUGCCGAACUUAGCCCCGCAGAGCUCAAGGCGAUGCUUGCUAAGGCCAAGAGCAACAUGACCACCUUCGAGACGUACAUCUCGAAUUUGGAGGGGGAGCUACAGUUGUGGCGUGGCGGCGAGACCGUCCCCAAGGACCGCUGGGUGGCCUCGUUGUCGGCUGACGGCGUUGCUACUACCAGAGCGGACUCGAGGCCACAUCGGCCGUCGACACCAUCGCGGCUGAUACCCGACAGUCGAUCCGAAACACCUGCGUUCACGGAACGCGCGGGGACCCCGAGUCUGCCUCUGGACAAGGACGAGAGAGAGGAAUUCCUCCGGAGAGAAAACGAACUCCAGGACCAGUUGGCGGAGAAGGAGUCGGCUGUCGCAGCUGCCGAGAAAUCGCUUCAGGAGUCCAAAGAAGAGCUGUCUUUCCUGAAGGAGCACGACAGCAAGCUUGGAAAAGAAAACGAGAAAUUGACCACCGACGUGAACGAAGCCAAGAUGCAGCUAGAGCGUCUGACCUUCGAGAGCAAGGAGGCCCAGAUCACUAUGGACGCGUUGAAGGAAGCGAACGCCGAACUUACGACGGAGCUCGACGAGGUUAAGCAACAACUCCUGGAUAUCAAGAUGAACGCGAAGGAAUCGAGUGCGGUGGAGGACGAGAAGGAAAAGAAGAAGGCAGAGAAGAUGGCCAAGAUGAUGGCAGGAUUCGAUCUGGGAGGCGAUGCGUUUAGUGCCAACGAGCAGUCGAUCGUCAACGCCAUCCAGCAGCUCGAGACACUAUACGAACUGGCCUCCUCCGGAGACCUUAUCCCGCCAGACGACCUGCAAGAACUCAAGACCAAGCUAGUGGAGGCCCAAGGCAUCAUCCGGCAAGCGGAGCUGUCGAUGUACAGCGGCGUGCCGGGCCUAGCCAACGGCAAGACCAUCCAGCAGCAAAUCGCCGAGUUCGACGUUAUGAAGAAGAGUUUAAUGCGUGACCUGCAGAACCGAUGCGAGAGGGUGGUGGAGCUCGAGAUCUCGCUCGACGAGACCCGGGAGCAGUACAACAACGUGCUGCGGUCGUCCAACAACCGUGCCCAGCAGAAGAAGAUGGCGUUCCUCGAGCGCAACCUGGAGCAGCUGACGCAGGUCCAGCGUCAGCUCGUCGAGCAAAACAGCAGCCUCAAGAAGGAAGUGGCCAUUGCCGAGAGGAAACUCAUCGCGAGAAACGAGCGCAUCUCGAGCCUGGAGAGCUUGUUGCAGGAUAGCCAGGAGAAGUUGACCGCCGCAAAUCACAGAUUCGAGUCCCAACUCACCGCCGUCAAGGAGCGCCUCGAAGCCGCCAAGGCGGGCUCGACCCGCGGCCUAAAUUCGUCGGGCGGCAGCUUCAGCUUCGCCAACGCGGGAAGCCGCAUCGCGAAGCCGCUGCGCGGCGGAGGGGCCGCCGGCGACGCCCCGGCCCAGGUCCCGACCAUCGCAAGCCUGCAGACCGAGGGCAACACCGGCAAGCGAAGUAGCUGGUUCUUCCAAAAGUAGGCGGACGUGAAGAGAGAGAGAGAGAGGCCGCGGGUGGCAAACCGCGGCGCCCACCUCGCAGCCGGAUGGAACUCGGAACCAUUCGGAGAUUUUCGCUUAUACUCUAGAGGACACGCCCCCGGGGGGGCUCGACGAUAUUCGACGAUACAGAUUAGAGGAUUAUACCCUCCCCCCACCCCCAAACGCCAGCCCACGCUUUCUCUUCUCCUGCCACGCGGUCAUGGGACGGCUUUCCUCCCGAGCCUCACGGGGGCGGGUUUUUUGAGGGGGGGGGGGGGGGGGGUAGACUUGGCCAAGGCCGGGACAA